AUGACUUCGAAGGGUUAUGAAAGUGAAGAAUUAGCCCUCACAACAGAAGAGCAAGAACUCACCGAGCAAUUGAAUGAGGAACCUUCAAAUAUUGAUAAUACAACUGGAAAUGAUAUCACUACAGACAACAUUAAGAGGAUUCAGAAAGAAUACCUUCCAAACGAAGUCAUGGGAAAAAGAACUAAUCUGUCGUUAGAUUUAGGAAUAUUCCGCGACGUAGAUGGAGUAUUGAGGAGCAAAGGACGUUUUGGGAAAGCAAAUUUGCCAUAUGAUAAGAAGUAUCCAAUAGUGAUCCCAAAACAAUCCCCUUUGGCAACCCAGAUUAUUAAAAGGACACAUGAAGAAAAUUAUCAUGUAGGUGUGCCCCACACCUUGAGUAUUAUAAGAGAAAAAUAUUGGAUUCCCCAGGGACGUGCUCAAGUUCAGAAAGUUAUUAGAAGGUGCCCACAAUGCGUGAAGUAUGGUGGAGGCCCUUUUCAGUUACCACCAGCACCAGAGCUACCAAGUGCAAGAGUAAAUUAUAGCUCACCUUUCCAUUUUACCGGCUUAGACUAUCUAGGACCUGUCCUAGUAGAUACAGAUAAAGGAAAAGAAAAAAGGUGGAUAUGUCUAUUAACAUGUUUAGCAGUACGAGCUUUGCAUCUAGAAUUAGUUAAAGACUUAUCAGCGAAGGAGUGCUUACUAGCCAUUAGGAGAUUCACAGCUAUUAGGGGCAUACCGGACACCAUAAUCUCUGAUAACGCACUCCAAUUCAAACUGACCAGUGAAGUCCUGUCGUCAGAGUACUGUAUGAAUAAAGGUAUUAAAUGGAAAUUUAUAGCUCAGCUGGCACCUUGGCAGGGAGGCUUUUAUGAACGACUAGUAGCCUUAGUUAAGCACUGCUUGAAACGCACGUUGGACAAACAUCUGUUGACUGAGAACCAGAUGACAACGGUCCUUAAAGAGGUGGAAUCGGUGCUUAACACUAGACCGUUGACUGCAGUAGGUGCAGAGCCAGAAGAAGUACUGAAGCCAGCCGACUUCUUGACCCUUGGACAGUGCUUAGAUUUAAACACAGAUUUACAGACAAAUCAACAACUGACAAAUACAAAGGUUGACCUAGUGCAAAGUUGGAGAAGAGGUCAAAUGAUUCUUGAAGAAUAUAAAAGAAUGUUCAUUAACCAAUAUCUGCCAAGUCUUAGAGAGAGAUCCUUCCACACACACAAACAACCAAGAAUUAAAUCUAAAAAGGUACCUGAAAUAGGAGAUAUAGUUCAAAUCAGAGAUGACUCCAAGAAUAGGACAAAUUGGAAAGUGGGAAAAAUUGUCUCUCUGAUUAAGGGCCAAGAUGGUGUUGUAAGAGUUGCUAGAGUCAAAGUUAAUGAUACGGAAUUCACACGAUCUCUUGGCCACCUGUACCCGUUAGAAGUAGACGAUGUUGAAGAAACAUGUAUACCAAAUAAAGAACUGCCUGAAAUGGUCAAUCAGGAAGAAAAUAAAGUAGUAAGAGUGGAAGAUACUUUAGACUCCAGUAAUGUUGAUGAAAUGCCUCAAGUGCCUGUAACGGACACAAGUACCCCGGAUAUACCUCCGGAUCAGAUAAUUGAUAACAAUAAUCCAGAAACCGUUCCUAGCGAUGAAUCAUUACCAUUACAAGAAAAUCCACUGACUCCUGUAGAAGAAACUUGCCCUACUCCGACAGACUUUGUUGAAGGUUCAGUAAUCGAAAGUCCUAGUAGAAAUGAGAAGAGAGACGCUGCCAUUAAAGCCAGAGAGAAGAUAGCGGAAUGGACGCGUCACCUGUUAACCGUCUUGUAA